AUGAACAUCAGCGCACUGCUCAACUCUUAUUAUGACUUGUCCGGGGAGCAGAUGAACCACAUUAACGAGUUCGUGGCCCGGUCUUUGCUCUACGUGGUACAUCACUAUAUACUAAGUGUGACGCCAUCACUGGUCUUAACCCUUUGCUGUCGAAGUAAUCACACUUGCAAUUUUUACAACGAAAUGAUGAACACAUUGUUCAGGCAAUGGGGAUUGGCACCGCUGCAGAUUGUGAAUGUGGAGCGUGGGGUGCCAUGGCGUCCGGUUCCAGGUCGUCGGCACUACAACGUCAUAUUCACCGACUCCUUCGCCGCGUUUGAGGAAAUCCGGAUGGAGUACUAUGCCCGGGAGUAUAACUACAAUGAGCACUACUUCAUAUUCCUGCAGGCCAGGGAUCGUCUGUUACAGGGCGAGAUGCGAUUGAUUUUUGACUAUUGCUGGCGCUACCAAUUGAUUCACUGCAGCAUCCAGGUGCAAAAGUCCAAUGGGGACAUCCUGUUCUAUAGUUAUUAUCCCUUCGGGGAAAAUGGUUGUGCAAACUCGGAACCGCAGUUGAUCAAUCGCUAUAAUGGUAGUACGUUAGUGGAACCUGAGUUAUUCCCUCGGAAGUUAAGGAACUUUUUUGGUUGUCCCUUAAAAUGUGCCCUUUGGAAUGUCCCGCCUUUUCUAAGGUUGAGUGAAGAUGAAGAGGCCAUCCUGUUUGUAAGCGGUGGCUACGAAGGGCGUCUACUUUUAGCGCUAGCCGAGAAGAUGAACUUUACCAUCGCAGUGCGAAAAGUGCACGGAAAUGUAAGGGAUGAGGCUUUGGAGAUGCUGCAACAUGGCGAGGCGGAUCUAACUCUGGGUGGGAUCCGUCAGACGGUGGGCAGAAGUAUGAUGGCCACUUCGACGAACAAUUACCAUCAGACUCGCGAGGUCUUUGGUGUCCUGUCAUCCAGCUAUGAAUUGAGUUCCUUCGACAUCCUCUUCUAUCCGUACCGCCUACAGAUCUGGAUGGCAAUCCUCGGCGUGGUAGUCUUGUCCGCUCUCCUUCAGUUGGCCGUAGACAGGAUGUUAACGGAACGAAUAAGAUCCCGUACAUGGCUAAAUCUAGAGCUAAUCUUUGUGGGUAUGCCGCUGCUGGAGACUCCCAAAGCGCAUACUGCUCGUCUUUAUUGUUUAUUGCUGAUGAUGUAUACCUUGAUCAUAAGAACAAUCUAUCAAGGAUUACUAUAUCAUCUUAUAAGAACCCAUCAGCUUAAUCGAUGGCCACAGACAAUUGAAUCGCUGGUGCAGAAGAACUAUACUGUGGUGCUGACACCAAUUGUCCAGGAAGUGGUAGACGAGAUUCCCAGUGUGCAGCACAUGAGAUUCCGGCUGCUAGAGGCUACCUCUGAGUUAGAUCCUCUGUACUUUCUAGAGGCAAAUCAUCAACUUCGACAACACGUCACUGCCUCUGCCCUGGAUAUCUUUAUACACUUUAAUCGACUAAGUGCGGAAAAAGUCCAUAAGAGGGGCGAGCAGGGAACAGGAGCACACUUCGAGAUUGUUCCAGAGGACAUAAUUAGUAUGCAGUUGACCAUGUAUCUGGCAAAGCACUCCUUCCUUAUCGAUCAACUGAACGAGGAGAUCAUGUGGAUGAGGUCAGUGGGCCUGCUGGCCGUUUGGGCUAGGUGGGAACUGGUCGAGACCUAUCUGCGCAACGAGCAGAGCUUCCAGAUCCUUGGCAUUAUGGAGUUAUAUGCCAUAUUUUUAAUGGUAACUGUGGGCCUCUUUGUUGGUCUGAUAGUUUUUAUUCUGGAACUUGCAUCACUACGUUCACUUUAUUUAAGAAAACUUUUUUCAUAG